UUAGUUUGAAGUGAGUAAAGUGAGUGAAUUAACGGUGAUCAAAAAAGAAAAAGAAAAAAAUAGAGUGAACUCUACUGAACUUCCCGUUGGAGCGGCAAUGGGCGAUGAGCGCAGGUAUUCAUGCGAAACAGCAGCCGAUACAGUGGCAUGGAUCAACGACAUCAUCCAAUUCCUCACUCCUCACUUCUCCUCCUUCAUUAACCCUCACGUCGUUCAUUUCUUCAAGGAUAGGCUUUGGGAGAAUGUUAAUGCUGAAUGGAUCAAUUUCCUCAGAAGAGAACCCGUUCAGAAUCUUCUCUUAAUACCUUCUGGAGUAGUGCAGGAUCACUGGCCUACUUCUCUGAAGGAGUUCAUCCUAAAAUUGAGGUCUAUGGUGUUUUGUAGAGAACAAGCAGAUAUAAACACGGCAUUACCUGGUCUGCAGAUGACUUCAAUUAACAGAGUUAUUGCCCAGGGCAUGAAUGGGAAGAAAAAGCAUGAAGUAGAAGCUCUUUCUGCCGUUGUAAGUAUAGUUGCAGAUAGUGUGAGAGCUGAUGCCAUUGUUGAUGUUGGUGCUGGUCAGGGUUAUCUGGCACAAGUACUUGCCUUUCAAUAUCAGCAUCCUGUCAUUGCCAUUGAUGCAUGUUCUCACCAUGGGAUGGUCACCGAUGCACGGGCAGAGAGGAUUAAGAAGCACUACACAUCAAAGAUGGUAAAAUCUGGAUCAGGUAUGCAGAAUUUGAAUGUGCCGAAGACAAUCACAUGCCGUGUGUUGUCCAUUGAAUCUUUGAAAACCUUGGUUGAAACAUCUGUGCCUAGUGAUGAUCAUGAGCAAUCCACAUUAAGGGGGGAAAAUCAAGAAGAUAAAGGGAAACUAGAUUGUCCCAAUGACGCAAACAACAGGCCUUCAACUGUUCUUGCUGGCCUUCAUGCCUGCGGUGAUCUUUCAGUGAUUAUGCUGAAGACUUUCUUAGGCUGCAGAGAUGUUGAAGCUGUUGUUAGUAUUGGUUGUUGUUACAAUCUACUAUCUGAAGAAAGCAUUGGCGAUGGUGAAUCUCAAUGUGGAUUUCCAAUGAGUCAUGCUGUGAGAUCCACUGGCUUGUCACUUGGAAAAAGUGCACGUGAUCUUGCUUGCCAGAGUGCAGAGAGAUGGAGGAGCCUUGAUAUGCAUGCUGGCAUUCACAACUUUGAGUUACAUGCUUUUCGCGCUGCCUUUCAAAUGGUUCUUUCUAAAUAUUAUCCGGAAGUUGCGAUCAGUACUCCUUCAAUUGGACGCAAAGGGAAGGCUCUGCGUAGGCGAAACCAAAGGAGAUCUGCAGAGUCUGACUCUAAGCUGCACCUUAAAGGAAGUACAUGUAACACGAGACAAAAUUUCCCUGCUGGAGUGCCUGCUGAGUCAAAAGCUGAAGGGACUUUUGGCUCUGCAUCAGAAACACAAACCUUAUCUGGUGAAAUUUCUUCCAAUGAAAGCGCUGAAUAUGAAGGGAUUAAAAUUGAUAACAAAUUCUCAAAUUUUGAGAAUUUCUGCCAGUCUGGAUUGUCUCAUCUUGGACUUAAACAUUCACAUGAUGUAAGCCUGCAAGGCACAUGGAAGGAAGUAGAACCAUUUUCUGACCUUAUAGGACCAUAUUGGUCUCUCAGAGCUGCUUUAGGGCCUCUUUUGGAAACUCUUAUUCUGCUUGAUAGGCUAUUGUUUCUUCAAGAGCAAGGUAAUGCAUUGGAAGCCUACCUGUUGCCAAUAUUUGACCCAAAUAUAUCUCCCAGAAAUGUGGCUAUAAUUGCCAAAAAGAUUGACAAAGAUUUAAGGUCAUCCUGACACUGAAAGGUGAAGAAUGUAAAUUCUUGUGGCACAAGGUCCUGAUGCUGCUGCCACGGUUCAAUACCCCACUAUCUUGAUAGUUCAGUUAAUUCUCAAGAUCAUAUAGGGUGAAGGUCAAGUUCAUAGGGGACAGGGCUGCAAUCCAAAUCGUGCUGUCAUCAUUCAAUCCCACUAUUCCCCUCUCGUUGGAAAAAGGGGUGUUGUUACUCAACUCAGGUUCCAGUUGGUCUCACAUCACGAGUAGCUACUUUGUAAUCAUUAUUCAUAUGUAGUCCCAUAAUAGCUAGCUUGGCAAUUAACUAAAAUGAUACAAGCUUAUAGAGUAUUUACGCCCGUUUUAUUUAGUUAUGAAGUUACCGGAUUCUUUGAAUGCUAUCAUUAUUUUUGUUUUCCUUUCCCCUGUGGUCAUAGGGUUUUGGACUGAUUUUUUUUUGAAGUAUUGUGCAUUCUCAAUAUAUAUUGCUAUAAGUAGUUUUCAUGGGCUGAGACUACGUAAUAGAUGCAGGGGUCAAAGUGCCUAGUUCUUUGAGAA